GGCGCAGACGGCGCGAUGACAUCACACGGUGCAGUGCCGCGACCGCCAGCCAUUACGCAACAUACGCCCUUGAUCUUGACUGCGUUUGCGCCGCCGAGCGCACGUAUAGCGCUCGCGGCUGGCCUAGCUCCUUUUGAAGACGUUCGAGGACUUUCCUCUUAUUAUGCAUGGUCGGCGGGAGCUAGCUCAGACAUGGGAAGUGAGCACUAUUGCCUAAGGUGGAACAAUCAUCAGAGCAACCUGCUGGGAGUUUUCAGCCAGUUGCUUCACGACGAGAGUCUGGUAGACGUCACGCUCGCCUGCUCCGAGGGUGCCUCCAUAAGAGCUCACAAGGUCGUUCUGUCUGCGUGCUCAUCCUACUUCCGUUCGCUGUUCGUGGAUCACCCCUCGCGGCACCCCAUAGUGAUUCUCAAGGACGUGGGUCUGGAGGAGUUGCGGACCCUGGUCGACUUCAUGUACAAGGGAGAGGUCAACGUUCAGUAUUGCCAACUACCCGCGCUCCUCAAGACUGCUGAGAGUCUUCAGGUCAAGGGAUUAGCUGAAAUGACUACAUUAAGUGCAGCUGGUAUUGAUACAAGAAACGUUCCUGAACCAAUGGAUGAGUGCCAAUCCCAGGACACCAAAGAGUGUCAAGAGUCCCACGAGAGACUAGAUGGUUGCGAGAAAUGGGAGAGAGAAGAAAGGCGUGACGCAAAGGAUUUGCGGGAUACCCGUGAUAGAGAAAACAAGGAUCGAGACUCAAGAGAAGCUCAUCCAAGAGAAAGUCGUGAGGCGAGGGAAUCACAUAGAGAGCACAGAGAACCGCGAGACUUAAGAGAACAUCGCGACCAUCGUGAUGUGAGGGAACAUAGAGAGGCAAGAGAGCCUAGGGAACCUCGUGAACCUAGAGAAAAUAGAGAGCCACGAGAAACUCGCGACCAUCGCGAAGUUCCUCGGGAUUUAAGAGACAAUAGAGAAAUUCGAGAGUCUAAAGAAAUAGAGUCAUCACCUCCUAGAAUAUCGCCUUUACUGUCAGUUCGGAGAUUUAGAAAUGAGAACUCCACAGAACCUCCUAUCCCAACGCAUCCUCCCCUGCCAAAGGAUGAGCCGCCUGACGAGCCAAUGCGUCCUUCAUCGCCAGAGGACGACGCAGUAUCUAUAAGAUCAAAUGGGGCGCAAAAUGAAAACAUUGGCAUAAACAUGACUAUAAACAGCCACGGCGUGCUGGGGCCGCGAUACUCGCCAGUCGAGCAGCGGCUGAGCGUGUUGAACGCGAUUUCACACCCUGGUCUACCUCAUCCUUCACAUGCUUCGUUGCCCAGUCCACGAAAUGAGCCAAUCGCAGGCCCCUCGGGUCUGCCGCCGGUGCAACAAGUACCCUUGUCUCUGAAGAAGGAAGUUGACUGGGACCGGAGUAACGAAGACAAAGGUGGCGAGUCAUCCACAGACUAUCGAAUACCGCAUGAAUCUGAGUACGAAGGGUCCGCUAGGGUGCGAAUUGAGGAGGGGGAGAGAGGGUACCCGUGCAUACACUGCGGCGCGGCGUUUCCCCACCAGAGCAAACUAACGCGGCACAUACUGACCACGCACACGCUCGACACUCUGAAGUACCGGGACGCUAUACUUGGGCGGCCGCUGGGGUUGCCGAUGCUGGGUCAGUUCGCGGACCCGCCCUACAUGUCCAUGCCCACUGAGGAGUCGCCUAUAGACCUGGACAUCGGGCCGGUGGAGCCCGGGAACGUGGUGUUGUGCAAGUUCUGUGGCAAGAGUUUCCCGGAUGUUUCAUCGUUAAUAGCCCACCUACCGGUGCAUACCGGCGACCGACCGUUCAAAUGUGAAUUUUGCGGAAAGGCGUUUAAGCUGAGACAUCAUAUGAAGGACCAUUGUAGAGUGCAUACUGGUGAAAGGCCUUUUCGGUGUGUUUUAUGUGGCAAAACCUUCUCUCGGUCGACUAUCUUGAAGGCGCACGAGAAAACCCACUAUCCAAAGUACGCGCGAAAAUUCCUGUCGCCCAGUCCUGUGGACACCGAGGAGGAAAGCCCGCACCAAUGAGUAUGGGAUGGCUAUAGUGUACAAUUGACGCGCGAGUGUAUAUUAACCAAUAAUAUACAUUAUUAUUGGACAUAGUCAAUGAGCGAGCAGUGGUAGAAUUGAACAAAUGGAGGACAAUAUGUUGUAAUUUAUUAAGAAUGUGAUUAAGCGCCGCAACUGUGAUCUGAACGAUAUGAUUAAUAUUUGAUAUUUCACUAAUAGAUAAUUGUCACACAAAAGUGGUUACUUCUCAGUUUUCUUAUUGAAGAUGAGCGUUUAUUUUUCUCAUUUCGUUUGCUUAUGUUUUAUAAGCGUUUGGAACGUUAGGUGCUUUCUUUACGCUUUAGAUAAUAUUGAAAUCUCAUCGUAGGAUGAGCCUUGUAGACGGCAUAGCCAAAGUUAGCUAGUGAAGUAAAACUUCUUUUUUUAAUAUUAUUUGUUUUAUAUGUGAAAGAACAUUUUAAAAUGGAGAAUGCGCUCAUUAUUCUGCUUCUUAUUUUGAGAACGUUUCUUAAAUGAGCUCUCAUGUUUGGUUGCCAUUUCAAAGCUUUUUAGUAUCUACUAAACGAGGACUGUAAAAUAAUUGAUUUAGAGCUGACGUAACCUUUAGAGACUUGCAUUAUUAAAUUUAUUAUAAGUAGUUCAUCUCUCAGAGUUGAUUUGAUAAACCAAAUUAAAGAUUGAUAAUGAGUGCUUUAAUUAUUAUUAUUAGAGACCAUAGAACAAUUGCACUCAAUAAAAUAUAGUUUGUAAUGAUUAAAAAUUAGGGAUAUGAGAUUUUUACUAAUUUUAUGUCUUUCGAAGUAAAUGACGCACGCUCCCCUGAGGUAAUUCAAAAGCAAUAUUACGACAUAUAAAAUGUACAUAACAUAUAGUUUGAUAAUAUCGGAUUUAUAGGAAAUUUAUUAGAACGUAACAAUAAUGCUUCAGUAGCUCCGUAUUUGGUAACUUGGGGAGGGUUGUGGAUGUGUGAUCCUGGGAAUCAAAGCUUUAAACGCUGUUUCUGUUCUGUCCGAAUAUAGUCUAUGCCUCUUCAUCCCAACGGUUCACUCUUUCGGAAGCACUGUUAUGUUCUGGUUCCGCGAAUUAUAUUGGCUACCAUAUGUGUCAUGUUGAGAUGUAAGAGGCAUAGCCUGAAUAUAUUAAUAUAUAUCAAAUUUUCUAUCUAUUUUCAUACUGCAGAACCAUAUUGUUUUAUUGUACAGAAAGUUUCAAAUGCUUUAUUACUUAAAUAUAGUGAAAGUUGAAUCGUUGAUAAUUCGGUUAGUUAAAUAUUAGAUCAGCAGGGCCAGUUUACUUUUUAUUACAAAUACAAUAUACAGUACAAUUUUUAAAAUCUGUUAUUACGAAGCAUUUGAAACUUGUCUCACAACCACUGUGUUCAAUAAAUUCAACAGAGUCAAAUACAGGGAUAUUUUAUGGAUUAUAAUAUUCAUUUUAAUUUAUUUUUGUUUUUGACCGCGACUCAGUAGCCUAAUGGCUUGCCGAAGUCUGUACAGAGGUUUAUCCGCCACAAACAUAAUAACUAUAAUUUAACCAAUUAUUUUUGAACUAAAGCUUUGAUUUGGUACUGAUUGGAAAGUUGGCUCACUUUAGUCGUAAGUUUUCUUGUUAUUAUUUUUUUGUUCUUUAUUGCUUACGGUACUCCCUUGUUCACGCAGUUUUAUUUAUUUAAAUUAAGACCGAAUAUCACUAUUGUAAAAAAAAAACGAAUACAUAAUAGAUAUUAAACUAGUCGAUAGAUAAAUACAUACCCUUAUAAUGAUUUUCAAAAUCUAUGUGACCUAAGUACAUGGGGACAUAUCAUCAUUUUAACUAUCAAAAUCAAAGUGUUUUUGCACUUGUCUUAACAUACGUAACUUGUUUAAUUUUUGUAUUGUUGGACUAGUAGGAUAAAAUAUAUUUAAUAUCAGAUUCUGUUUAAAUAUAGGCGUUAAACACCUCUUAACGUGUAUAAGAGGAUUAGUAGCUGAUUAUUUGGAAAAAUAUCAAAUGAAAGUAUUAUAGUUAAUUAGGAAAAGAACUGUGAUAUAUAAAAAAGUAAGGACACCAUCUGGGAGUUAAAAUUUCGAUCUCAGAAUGUGAUUUGAGUCGUAUUCGCGUUUCGGACCUCAAUGGUCGAUGUGUUUUAAAAGGAUAUUUUGUGAUCUAUGGUUUUAAUAACUCGUCUUUUAAUUUUUUUACUUAUGGAGAUUUAUGAGAUAAAAUUAAGUAUCUAAAUUUAGGUUUAGGCCUCUUCAAAACGAUUUUAUUAUAAUGAUCAUUUAUAAAUUUAAUAAUAUGCUAAAUGAAUUUAUAGAGAAAACAUAUUAUUGAAAAACACGACUCCUACGUGUCUUUUCUAUAAAUAUUUCUUUAUUAGGCGUUUUGUAAUAAAGGACUUAGGUGAUGCACAGUACCUAAAACGCCUAACAUUCCGAAAUUAUUCCAGUGUGGGCAAAAAUAUUAUUUUUAUGCAAAUGCCACCGAUACUUCGUAGUUGUACUUAUAAUGUAUUUGUUAAGUAUACUGUCUUAAAUAUAUGAUCAAUGUCCUUAUUUCUUUAUGUUUGGGAGUACCGUUCGCAUAUAUUCAUGCUUGUUUGAUUCAAUGGAAUGUAAAGAUACUAAAGAUAUUGUAAUUGUAUUGAAAUUAUGAUGUGGUAGUGUUAUAGGAGCUCUUCCAAAUGCACGUGGUAAGGUUAAUUAGGUAUAGAUUGCGCAGUAAUUGUGUACGAUACUUGGUUUAAAUGGUUUGGUAAAAUGUAAAUGUAUUUGUGCGCGUCUACGUUUAGGAUCACUUAUAAAUAACUUUGAGUACAUUCCACUUACAUUUACUGUACACUUUCAAGUUUGAUUUCAGAGUAUUUGUCGUUUGUGUAUUUGGCGCAGUCGGUAGGGGUGGUCCCGCCAUUUUACAAAUCAAAUGAUACAAAAUUUGUCUCUGUUAUAGAUUAAGAUGUCUCUAAAAAUAAUAGUAUUUUUACAUACUACAUCAGACUUACAUUAAGAAAAAAAUAUGUGCGAUUGCAAACAUUAAACGACAAAUCACUAUUAAUUAAUUAUUUCUUGAAAACAGCAAUUGUUCAAUAUCAUGUGUUCAAAAGAGCAGAUGGAAUUUUAUGGAGUCAUUUAAAAGUACUUUACUUUACCCUUUAUCUAAAUUAUUAGUGAAUUUGCCACGUCAUGGAGGCGGAAAAACAAAAUUCAAAGUUCGUAUUUAAAUUUAUGAAGUGUAAAUGCAUUUUAGAAAUAGAUUGGUAGAUGCGCUACUUCCCGGAGCUAGAAUGGUCAAAAAUGUCUCAAAGGCAAGAAAAUGAAAUAAAAAAAAAAUACACGAGAAUGUUGCUAUUUGAAAAGCUGCACUCUUUUUAUUUUUUGGAGUCUAACGUUACCAAACUUUAUAGUAAUAUGAAAACCUUGAUUAAUGUUCCUCUUCUUAUUUUAAGAAAGAUUGAAUAUUUACAAUUUACAUAAAUAAAUAAUAGCAAUAAUGUCAGUAAUAAUGAAGCGAAUUAUCAAAUUUGUACGAGUUUUUAUCGAAAUAGUUUAAUAAUAGAACAGAAUACAGUUGAAAGGCUAUUUUGUUUCCUAACUUUCAGAGGUACUAUUUAUUAAUAAUCAAUUAAUAUUUAUGAAUGAUAAUAUUAAUAGAAUUAUAUCUUUAUGUAUUGACGUUGUAAAUAGGCAGUGUGAUGAAUGUUGUUAGUCAAUUGUAACAUACAUAACGAGAACAAUAGAUUCUACGACCCCCAAGUGCAGUUAUUCAAAUUUUAACAUUAACCUAAUGUUGCCACGCCCUGCGAUCACUCACGCCGUUAGCACAACUACAUUUAAUAUACAUAUAGCAUAUGUAUGUAUAUAUGGUUACUUAGAAGUUUUCUUAAGUAUCUACAGUGCAUGAUAACUAAAAACACUAGCACGAUCUCUUGUUUUCAAAAUUAGAUUUAAUGUAGAUUCAUUUUAUAUCAAAUUGUGACCACAGUUUUAUAUUUAGAGUGCCUCUUGCCUAUACAAGACUUAUAUAAAGGCUGCAAAUCACGGAAUAUUAUAUGUAGCGAAUAAACUAUAGUAAAAGUUGUACAUUUUAUGGUGAAAAUUGUAACUUGAGUUAUGAUAUGUAGCCAGCGGGGCGAAGUAUAUUCGAGAGGUUUGAGUCGAGCAUUCCCGGGUGGGCGAUCUCCGCAGCACCGGAUCGCUUGACCACUCCGAGGAUAGCGCAUUCCAAUCUUGUGAUAUUAUUCGCCGAACAGCCAGGGGUACUUUCAUACAUACAUUAACAAUAGUUUUAUUUAAAGUAGCCUUUAGAAUAUUACAUUAAGUUUCGUCCACGAGAGUUGUGUAGGUAUUUGUAGUGGGAGCGUUAAUUGUUACUUUAAAUUAACCUACCAUUUUUAAGUGGCAUACCUAAAUAUAGAACUAAAUUGCAAUUUUUCUAAGUUCCUGUAGGUUUAUUGUAUAUUGUACAAUUUGUUUUAAUAAUAAUGUGUUUAAUAUAAAUGAUUUAGAUUUAAAAUGUUUGUGACUACUAUAUAUGUUAGCGUAAUAUUUAAAACAGCAUAAGUUAUAAGAGUAAAAGUCCCGACAACAUAGGCGUGACAAAUAUAACAUUAUGUCAAAAGAUGAAUGUUUAUCUUGUAUUGAUUGAGUUUACUAGUAUCUUUGCUGUUUUGAAAAUUACGCUAUCAACCAUUUUUAUUCAGCACAAGUUCAAAUAAUGUAGGUCCACUUAAUUUAUAGAAUUGUUUCUUCACCGAGAAAUCGAUGGAUUUUCAUAAGCUGUUUUAUUUAACAAUCAUUGUUGACAUUGUAGAUUAGAGAAAAUCUGUUUUGCCUUUUAACAAUAUUAUCUAUUGAUAGUUCAUAAUGUUGUAACAAAAAGCUGAAUUUUGUUAAAUAUAUAUUGCAGCAAUCAUAGUUACAGAAUAUCAAAAAGAACGAGGAUCAAAUUGGUGUAAUAUUUCGUCAAUUGUGCAACAGUCUUAACCAAGACCCUUUGCUGUUGAUCAUUGUAACUUUUGAAACAAAUAUAAGCAUAUCAUAGCUGUAAAAAUACAAUUUUGACAAAUAAAAGCUCUACAAUCAUUACAAAA